AUGUCGCACAGCGAGCAUCAAGAGCUGGCCCCAGCCAACGGCUCUCGUCCGGCCAAGCAUCCUGCGCUUUCAAGACCACUCUACGCCUUCGAUCUGCCUCCAGCCCUGCACUAUUCCCUCAAGCUUCGCUCGCACAUCGAAGACGCCGAGGCAGCGCACAUCCUCUCUGCCAGCGCCACCGCACCACCCGCCUCCACAGCCUCGCAGACAUCCGGUGCCGAUGAAGGCGCGCAAAUACGAGAGCCUUCGCAUCUCCGUGUGCCGCCCUGCUCGCUCUGUCCCGGCUGCGCGCCCUUCCCCUCCGUCACCGCACAGCGCGCACACUUCCGCUCCGACUGGCACAGAUACAACGUGCAGCUCAACGUGCAGAACGGAUCGCUGCUCGUCUCACAACAGGCAUUCGAAAAGCUCUCGGAAGAGGUCGAGAGUGCUAGCGAGCUCGAGUCGGACGAAGACGCUCCGCAGUCACGCUCCACAGCCCUCAAGACCGACCUCGUCACCAAGAUCCUCGCACGCACCUCGCUUCAGUCCGCCAACGAGUCUGCACCACAAGCGGACCAGGCUGAUCAGGACGAAGAAGAUGCGGCUGAUACGCUACAGGCUCUUCAGCUGCGCGCUCCUCUGCUCUGGUUCGUUUCCAAGGAGUCGGCUCCGGACGCCGAGCAGCUUCCGCAGACGCAGCUCGGCUUCCACCGCAACGUCUUUCCGGAUCCAGGGACCUCCGCCGCGCCCAAGCUCGCCCAGCCCGACUCGAUCGCUGAAUGGUAUGCCGCAUGCAUCGCAUCCAUGCAGACCGGCCGCAUCACGCGCCAGGGCUCCAAGCAGUCCGCGUGGAAGGGCAAGCGCAUCAAGUCCAAGGAGGUGCAGGAAGCCGCCAGAUCCGUAAAGAUGACUGUCCUGGAUGGUGAGGGAUUCAUCUCUGGUCUCUCCACCGCCAUCAACUCCGACGCCGCUGGCAGUAGCGAUGAGCACGACGAGUCCGACUCUGGCACCGACGACGCCGAGUCUUCCUCGGACGAGACGGUCGCCACUUCCACCACCAUCAGCCGCAACCCCGACCCACCUCUGCGCAUGUGGACGGUGCUGCUGCUCGGAGGCGGCCAUUUUGCUGCCUCGGUCAUUGCACUCAAUCCGCACGUGACCACCUACAAGAGCCGGCCGCGCGAUGGCUCGGGCGCACCUCGCGAAGACCGUUCGCUCAUCCUGCUCGCGCACAAGGCCUUCCACCGAUACACGACGCGACGAAAGCAGGGAGGCGGACAAGCCGCACAGGACGCCACGGGCCGCUUUGCCAAGUCGGCGGGUGCACAGCUGCGUCGUUACAACGAGGCUGCGCUCGGCGACGACGUGCGCGGACUGCUCGAUUCGCCGGGCUGGCGCGAGCUCAUCGGACGCAGCGACAAGAUCUGGAUCCGCGCAGGAGCGCGCGCGGCGAGGGGACUGCUGUGGUCGUGGGAAGGAGCCAAGGCGAGCAGGGGAAGCCCGCUCGAGGCUGCGCGCAACGACGGCCGGCUAGGCUCGCUGCCGUUCCCCACACGCCGUCCGACGAUCGGCGAGACGGUGCGCUGCUUCCUCGAGCUGGCCAAGGUCAAGGUUGAAUACAAGAGCGACGAGGAGCUCGCGACCGAGGAGCAGGAAGCACUCGAGGCCAUCCAGCAGCGCUCGCGCAAGGAGGCCGACGCAAGGCGGCGCGAGGAGAAGGCGCAGGAGCGUGCGAUCGCUCAGGAGAAGAGCCGAGCUGAGAAGAAGCCGGUGCGGCUUACGGAGGAAGAACAGGCGGAACGCAACCGGUGGACGCGGCUCGUAGAGAUGGUGCGCAAGAACCGCACCGAGGCACUCCUCACUUUCCUCAGCAAGAACGCCGACGAGAUGUUGGCGGGGAACAUUGAUGCCAAGCUGCCGGACUGGCUGAUGGAGCAGCAGGUGAACGACGCCGGAACCUCGGCGCCUGCUUCUCGGCUGAUUCCGUCGACGCUGCUGCAGCUCGCUGCCGAGGCUGGAAGCGAGGGCGUGACGCGGAUUUUGCUGGAAGACCAGCGAGCCAAUCCCACCAUCGCUCCCGAGCGGCUAGGUGAGCUUCGUGGACGUUUCGCAGCCGACGGUAGCACACCCGCGGUGGGAGGGGAGGAGAUGGCGCACCGCGCGGCAUACGAUUUGUGCAGCACCAAGGAGGUGCGCAACGUCUUCCGGCGCAUGAUGGCGGAGCACGCCGAUUGGCACGACUGGGCGGGCAUGGGUGCGGGCGGAGCGCGCGUGCCGAGUGCGCUGACCGACGAGAUGCAGGAGCACCAAACGGCCAAGCAGAAGGAUCGUCGUGCGGCGAUGCGCGAAAAGGCGCGCGAGAGGGCGAGCAAGGCGGCCGACAAGGCAGCCGCCGCACCGGAGCCGCCAGCUGAGGAGCCCAUUGCGGAGACGCCAGCGACGUCGCAUCAGACGACGAAUCGGCUGGGCGGCAAGGGAGCGGCGCCGAGGGCACUGCUGCAGCAGAGGGACGAGCAGCAGGGACUGACGCCCGAGAUGCGUGCGCGCAUCGAGCGGGAGAAACGCGCACGCGCUGCAGAGGAACGGAUGAAGGCGCUCAUGAACAAGUGA